CACGGUUUUAGGCGGUGCAAAAUAAAUAAAUACGUUUAACUGCUAUCCAGAGCAAAGCAUAAUUGUGAUAGUGCUCGAGAAGCCGCAGCAGCAAUUGCAGCAUCUGAAUUUGCAGAGUUUCUUUCACGCUAAAGCUACGAACGAGGAUCAAUGGUUACCAUGGAGAAUAGCGAGGAGAUUCUACAAAUUCUGGAGCGUUUCACACAGCUUAAACAGAAGGAGAUACCCCAGGAGCUGGAGGAGUAUUUGCAGUAUGUGGCCAAAACAGGCGACACCAUCUUCAAGUGGUCCAGCCUCAAGUAUCUCUUCCGCGAGAAGCUGCUCAACGUGAUCAAGCAUUUUAACGAGGAUACUCAGCGACUGGAGGAGAUACCCAACUACCCAAAUGUGGAUCCCUUCAAUUAUGAGACGAUGAAGUCCUCGCUGCUGGAGCGUCUCGAUCUAUUUAAUGCGGCGCCUUUUACCGUGCAGCGCCUCUGCGAGCUUCUAAUUGAUCCUCGCAAGCAAUACUCGCGUAUUGAUAAGUUCAUGCGAGCCCUCGAGAAGAAUAUACUGGUGGUUAGCACCAUCGAUCCGGGGCGUAAGCGAACCGAGAGUGAGAACGGUGAUUCUCUGGACUCAGUGGGCAAUGGGGAUCUCUCGCUGGAGGUUAACAUUGACAUCGAAAUGGAGAACGAGAACAUGUUCAACAACGGGGACGAGCGCAACGGCAGCACCGAGGACAAUACCAGCGGUGCCCUUAAGGCCAGCUGCCCACGCACCGACGACGUUGCUGUUCAGCCGAAGGCCAAGAAGGCCAAGCUUGAUUUCGAUGAGAGUGAUCAGCCCGAGGAGGCUAAUGCAGAGGAUGCGGAUGAAGACGUCAUCAAGAGCAAGUCCAAAGCGAAUCAAGCCAACGCAGAAACUGCCGAUGCUGUAGAUGCUGCAGAUGAAAAGGCCGAAGAGACUGAUGCCGUUCGUGAGGUGCCCGAAAUCGAGGAGCCCGAUGAAGAGGAGGAGGAGGUGGUUCCAGAGCCAAAGGCCAAAAAGUCAUUCAAUAGUGACAAAGAGCUGAAAGAGACACCAGAGACCGCCGCCGAUAUUCCAACAGUGGCAGAGCCCGACGAGGCGGACAGCGACGCUGCAGAUGCUGUUAAAGAUACAGUUGCUGAAAGUCAGGAAAAAGAUCCGCUGACCAAUGUCGAUGAGCAAGAACAAGCAACGAAAAUUGUUGAAGAGCAGGAGUUGGAGAGUGGAGAAAAUGUAGACAAGCCUGCGCAAGAGGCAGAAACAGAGAAGAAGAUCGAAGAAGCCGAUGUCGAUGCUGCCAAGGAAAAGAAAGAGCCUACGAGCGAGAAGCCCAAGCCAAAGGCAGCUGAAAAUGCGAAGAAACCAGCGAAAACUGCUUCGCCCGUAAAAGCCAGCGACUCGGCAGCUGUUGUAGACAAAGCUACUACACCUGACAAGGAUGAGGCAAUCGAGGCCAAUGCGUCUGAUGCUGAGGCCAAGACUGACACCCAGCUGGAGCCUAAGGCAGCUGCCGAAGGCAGCAACACUGAGAAGACUGAAACUGAGGCAACAGCAGCAGCAGCAGCAGCUGAGCCGGCUGCAACAGCUGCCACGGCGUCAGCUGUGGGUGACAAGGAGGAGCUGAGAAAGACUGCAACAGCAUCUGCUGCUCUAGCUAAAACCGCCGAUGCAGCUGAAGCUGCAUCGCCGAUUGAGACCGAUGAGUUGGCUACGCCACAGUCUCCGACUGCGGCAGAUGCAACUGCCACGCCGGCAGCCGAAGUGGAGAGUUUUGCAGUCAGAGCCACGCCCGCAUUAACGCUGAAUGAUCAGCCCAUGGAGGACACACCGGCCGAGGAGGAGGACGCACAGGUAUCGCCCACUGCAGGCGUGGAGGAGGUCGUUAUGGCCGAAAGCGGCGUUGCCACUGGCGAUAUGGCCACCGAUGAAGCUACCAAGGAUGAGCCGGCCGCCAUGGAAGUGGACGACACCAGCCAGGAGGUAAUGGACCAAUAGACCAAUGGCCCAAACGGUGCACGCCAAUUCCGGGCGACUAAAAUGAAUACUUACAACUACUCCGCAUAAAUAGCAUAAAACGCGUAUGAGAUAAAACACAGAUACAACAACACAAGACGCACACCAUACCAAUCCCAAGGAUCCUGAGAUAAAAUACCGUUUAACUUCAUUAAAUAGGGUAUUACUUUUAGGCCGUAGCUGAUAUAAUAUAUGAUAUAUAUAUCUCUUCGUAUUCCAAACUGCCCAUAACUAACAGUACACUAGAGAACAGGCGGUAAUCUAGCGGAAAUCCUUUAGUACCCUUCCGUAUAGUUGUAAGGCCGUAUACCGUAUACAUCCGAACACACACACUAAUACACUGACAUACCGAACACACACACUGACACACACACACACACGCACACACACGCACAGCCAUCAACAAUUAUUUACAUAUAAGCUCGAGCAUUAAGUUCCGAUCAGUUCCGUUACGUGGCAUUCAAAUUAUUCCACACGAUCAAAACCUCUGCAUAGUUCUCUAAGUUGUUGGAUGUGACACAAUCGUCCGCCUCAUGUCAUAUUUUGUAUUUAUGUAUCGUUGCCUAAUUUAAUGUCAAUUCGAUAUAGAGCAACUAUAUUUUAUCAUCUAAAUAAGCUAUAAAGUUUUUCAACUAUAUUCGUUUACUUUUCAUUGUACGUUCUAUUGUUUCCACGAUAUUGGACAAUUACGUAUAGCUGCAAAUGUUUCUCAGAAAGUAAUAUAAACUAUCUAUAUAAAUAAA